CUUUCCAACAAUAUCCUCUCUGUCAUCUAUAUAACCGCCUCCACAUUUUCAGCGUAUCGCAUCCGAAGAAAUCAUUUACGUUUCCUGUGGGGCAUGACAGAAUACAAUUGACCUCCGAUGUUCUACUACUUCCCUCUUUGGUCUCUCACAACCCCCACCCCGCCACCACCACCAAGACCGACUCUCUGUCCGCGCUUAGUAUAUAACCUUAUGCACGAGCCGUCUGGCAAACGACGGAAAACUAGUCAUCCACAACCGCCUGAACAAACAACUUCUCGAUCCUCAAUCCUUUUCUCUCCUCAUGGCCCUCUUAUAUUUUCAGGUUACUUAAAAUUGUUGCUACAUGCUUGUGGCCUACUCAUUUUACUACUUGCAAUCGGGUUCAUCGUGAGUGCGUCACACCGAGAAAUUGACGGACGCGUCACGCAGCACAUUCGAGACCUAGAGGAGGAGAAAAUGCAAUGCGCACAGAAAUAUCGAGAGAACCAAUGCGAUCUAUACGCUCACCAACCCUUUUUUGGCACAUUUUGCAACCAAUGGGAACAGUGUAUGAAGCGUGAUCUUCGAGGAAUCGGCAGAGCCAAAAUUACAAUGACAGUCUAUGGAGAGCUUAUCAAUGCCCUCGUGGAACCGCUUACUGUCAAAGCAAUGUUAACGAUCUGUCUUUUGUUAUUUGGUAUCUUUGUCGGCUCUACGCUCGCUUUCUAACUCCAAGAACAUCCACGAUCGAUAGAUACUGCGUAAAAACAACCACCUGUACCAUAAACCAAGU